AUGGUUCCAAUGCUAAGGCAAAGAGAAGCGGACAGAGAGGGCAUCCCUGGCACACGCGUAUCCGGAGUGCCACCGCGCCUCCCCGGCACUGAGCAGCACCACCAUGAGUCCCCCCAAGGCGUGGCACCCGAGCGCAGCCCCAGCACCAACCGCAGCCCAGGGCAGCAACACCAGCCACCAGGAACCCCACCGCGGUCCACUACCCUGCCAGCAACCGCCACACCCCCAAUGCCCGCAUACACACAUCUUUCCUGGUCCCAACAUGACCUGAGUACCCGUCCCCAGGCUGGGGCCGCCAAGGAGCAGGGCAGCCCAGAGACCCCAGGCACCCAACGACCGCAGCCAGAAGGCCGCCACCCCCCCAGAGGCCACUCACACACUCAAUCAUCCUAUGCAGUUGAGGGGGCACAGACCCGGGACCAGCCACCCAAAAACCCCCAAACAGGCAUGGGGACCCACCACACUCCACACCUUCCCAGUCUUACAUGCACUAGGGAUGCAGCGAUCACCAGCACAGUGCCACCCCACAGCACGAAACCCAGCGACCAGCACCCCGCCCCAGGUACCAAUCGCCACCAUGGCCGCACCCCACCACCGCACCCCGAGAGAACCCCCAGCGACGCCCCCCACAGGGGCCGCAACCCCCCAGGCACACCUGCAGUCCCCCUCCCGCACCACACCACAACCCUCCCUCAUUCACCAAACAUACAUCAGCAAGUCCAGGCCAGCCCAGACACCCUGGUGCAUGCUGCGCCCCCCCCACGGGAGGGGCAGCACCCAGACCCCAGGGCCCAGGAACCGCACCCUGCCCACCCCCGACUGGCCCAGCCACCCAACCCAGGGGACGCCGACCUCCGACCCAGGCCCAACCCGGAGCCCCCCGCCCCACCACCACAGGGCAACCCUGGCAUCGGGUCCACCCCUGCCCCAACCAGGACAAAAACCAAACCGAUAACAAGUUGA